AUGGGCCCCGCUGGAGAGUUCCUGAAGCUGCUGCGCAAGCCCAACAUGGCCAAGCCGAAAGGUGACCAAGAUCUUCCCGAAGAGUGGGACGAGCCGAAGGUGGAGGACAAGGAGGCCGAGCCGAAGGAGGAGGACGAGCAUGAAGAAAGUGAAGAUGAGGCUGCAUGGAUGGAGAAGUGUGCAAACACCUUCGUGCAGAAAGAGCCGGAUGGUGAGGAUGUCCCAGCUGAUCAUGAGGAUGUCGAUGCCACGGAAGAAGACUACCAGGAACAGGAGGAGGAGGCAGACGGUGCAGAUGAUGGGACGAUCGAGCUGGAUGAACAUGAUGACGCAGCAGAUGGAGACGCUGUGAUGGCAGAUGCAGACCAGGAGGACGAUGACGACAAGCAAAAGAAGCUGCAUGCCAAGGAAUAUGCGGAGAUGGAUGGUGCCAGGGACAAGCUGGCCAAUUUCGUGAAGGGCGAAAGCAAGAAGAGAAAGGCAGAAGAUGUGCAGAAAGAGGAUGUGCAGCAGAACCAUGGCUGGCACCGCAACCGCAACAAGGGCAACUAUGGCCGCAAGGGCAACAACAAGGGAUGGCGAGGAUGGUGGUCACCCAAGGGCAAAGGAUGGGGAAAGGGCCACAAAUGGUCCAAACCAUGGCACGAGUGGAAAGGCUCAGGCUCAGCCUCAUCCCACUCUGGAGGUGGAUCUCCAGCGGAGGUGCUGCGCGCCGACAAGAAGGGUGGCUACUACCUGCCGAAUGGCCAGGGGUACAUCGAUGCCAACAUGCAGUACCAUGCGCAUCUCGGCUUGUUUCAGCCCGGCGAAGGCCUGAAGGCCAAAGGCAAGAGCCGGGUGCGUGGCGGUGCCGUGGUGCAGCACCAGAAGCACCAGCAGCGCGUGGCAGAGGAGCGGAAAGCAGCUGAUGAACACAGCCGAAGCCUGACUAUGAAGCUGUGCAGCAUCACUGAGAAGGCCUUGGACAAAUUGUAG